UCUCCUUAGAUCGAUCCAAGAUCGACCAAUCCUAGUCGGACUAUAGAAAGAAAAAAAAAUAUUUGAAGAAAGGCUUGAUUGUACAGCGGCAUUCAAAACAGGUUUUUCGCAGUAUGAUAUAAUCAACGCAUAAACAGUGUCCUCAAGUGAACAAGCCUAGUGUUUUGUUAUGAAUGAAAACAGUUCUCGAGAGCCUAGCCAUAGUUUGAUGGAGCUUUUAAUAACUUGACCUAAUUGUUGCUCAAAAAAUUACAAAAUUAGUGUUAGAGUAAUAAUUUUUGUUCAAGCUUUUAAAACCAAACAGUAACAUUGGGAGUGAGGAGAUUGACGAUUUGGACACGUUUAUUUCUUGAAGCAAUCGGAUUUUAUUAGAUUAAAACUAAAUACUAAAAUGAUAAAGCUCGUCGAAAAACUACAGGCUGAAUUUAGUGGUGCAGAAGUAUGGAUAGAUGAAGAAGUAUUCGAUGAGCCUGAUGGAAUCUCAAUUAUGAACCAUGUCAGUGUCGAAGCUGUUAACCAAUCAGAUACAACUGUCCAUAAUAACCCUUACAAUGGAUUGUGUUUUGAAGAGUGCAUUAACAUUGAUCGAGUCUUGGAGAGGACAGAAGACGGAAAAUCGAUAAUGGAAAAUCUUAAAGCAAACAAGCAGCCCGCAGAAUCUAUUACCAAAAAAAUUUCUUACAUACUGUGUGAUUGUCUAAAAUACAUUUAUGGAUGCCGGCCCAGCAAUUUUUACAAGAACCAAAUUGCACUAUCACUCGUAAGAUCUUAUCCUAUUUCAGCAGCAAAGGGAUCCGACGUACCACAGGCCCUUUGGUUUCACGCUCAUGCCAGGGGAGUUAAUCGGCAUGCAGGCCGUAUCCAUUAUCGAAUGGAAUAUUUAGCCAGGAAAUCUGAACAACGUGUUGUUAAACGUCGCCGAAUCAACGAAACGCCUGCGAUAUCGCCGGUCACGAAGGCGAUAGAUACUGAAGAUUUUUUAUCUCCAGAGGAAUUAAAUACAAGUGUGGACGAAUUGAAGUUUAUCACACCCAACGCACAAUCAAGAAACAGAAUCGUCGAAGUAUGGAAUAAAACAGUUUCACAUCUACUGUGCAUGUUAACAGAAGAUACAGAUCAAUACGUUAAUUAUUUUCCAGUGCUGUCUGCAUUUAACGGUUUACUUAUAUCAAUGGAUUUCAAAUAUUUACAACCAUCAGCUAAGCAGUUUACCGAUAGAUGGGAUGAUAUGGAACCUAAAAUUUUGCGAACACAUAGGGAAGUCUGUAAAGAACUGAGAAAUGAUUUUGUUCGAGCUCUUUCAAUAGUACGGCUGAAGAAUCCGUCACGAGGAUCGAAAAUGUACAGAAGCAAUGAUACUGCGAGAAAAAAUCCACUUUAUGGAAUAGUAGAAUGGGUCGAGAUUUCAGAUGAACCUUCACAUGAAUUCGACGUACCAAUUAUUAUAGCUCGAGGAAUAAUUCUGCCGGACACGGAUGAUUGCACUAUUCACUGGAGAGGCAUAUCGAUUCCCGUUGGUGAUUUGAAAUCUGCGUUCGAAGUACUACUUCAAUUGACAGCUGUUUUCAAAAUAGAUCCCUAACCAGCAGACAAACUAUUUUUUAAAUUUUUGUUUGGAGCAGUGUUUAACAUUGAAACACUUAGUACAACGGGUAUAAAAUUUGUGCAAGGGUUAAAAUAACGAAUUGCCAGGAAAAUUUGUUAUCAUAACUGUUAAAUCGUAUUUUUAAGCAGGCAUCGUUUAAGCAGGUUAUACCUUAGAUAAAAAGAGCGUGGGAGAAACUUUAU